CUCAAUAUUAAAAGAAAAAAGGAUUCGCACGUUUCUCCGCUGACAGCGCGUCCAACCCCUGGCUGCAAAAAAUAUUGUAUAUAUAAUACCCUCUUCCUUCCAACAUCAUAACAUUCACACAGUCAUAACAUACAUCCUUAAAUAAGAAAGCCAUGAACAUAAACAUCUCGACAGAAAUCGUGAAGUCAGUUACCAAUAAAACGAAAGACCCUUGGAACCUGGCGGAGGGUGAUCACUUAGGGCUUCUCGCCCCGGUCGCCAUUGAUCCUGUGGAUAUGCUCUCGUCCAUUGAUAUUAAGGACGUUACUGAAUCCGUUGCAGAAAUCUUGAUGAUACUCAUCAAAAAGUUGGCCGAUGAGUUAUUGUUGCCAUUCUUGCGAGUCUUGCGCGUGGUAUUGGAGAGUCUGCUUGGCGACAAGUCCCCUCUGGUCAUCAUCUGGAUCGAAAAUUUUGUUCGCAGCGUUGUGGAGGUGAUCUUCAAAGCGCUUUUUGUGGGGCAAGAAUCCUCGAAGGUGGAAAUGUGGACGGCCUCUCUCACCGAAGAUCUUUUGAAGGCACUUCUGGGUAUUGCCAAGGAGCUGGACCUGGACAACACACUCGCAGACCCCUCACUCAACUCAAACGCGGCUGUGCUGAGUGCCAAAGAGGUAUCUUAUAUAUUGCUGAUACCGCUGAUCACCUCCAAAUCAAAGUAUGAGGACUCAGUUGAAGACUCUGUGGAUGAUUCUUUGAAAGCCACCAUAGAAGACUUCAAGGCCCAUAUUGAAAAAGCCUUGAGAUGA